UUGCGCCUGGUCCUGGGGCCCGAAAAGGGGUAUCCCCCUUGUCCUCCUUCCCCACUUCCCCCCUUCCCCCACCCCCAUCCCUCACGCGCCUCCUCCCGUUUGCCCCUCCCUUCCCCGAUCUUCUUCUCCGCCCCAUGGAAUUCCAAAGCCCGCAGCAGCCGCCCGCGUCGCCGCCCUCCGGAGGCUUGUCCCUCGUCGCUCGCCGUAGCCGGGCUCUCUCUCCGCUGGUCGCCGUUUCCAAGAUGGCCGCGGCGCGGACGCUCCCAGGCCGAAGGGCUCCCGCCGCCGGAUAAAGGCGGAGACGGCGUCCAGUGAGCCUCGCGGCCCCCGUGCUUCCCCCAGUCGCGGCCCGGCUGCAGCCUUACUUUCGCCACCGCCAUGCCGGGCUCGGUGCACGGAUGAGAGAGGCAGUCACCGCCGCCGAGCUGGUCUCCCCUCCCACCGGAGCCGCCGCCACCACCGCCGUCACAGCCAUGGAGGAGCCGCCGCCGCCGCUGCCGGAGCUGCCACUGCAGCUGGAGUUGGAGGGCUGCCAGGCGACGAGACAGGAGUGCAAGCUGGGAGAUAUUGCUUGCAGAAGCUCUGAAUCUGAUGCAGAAGAGUUUUCAGAUGAAACAAAUACCGAAAACCUUUAUGGCACCUCUCCUCCCAGCACACCCCGACAGAUGAAACGUAUGUCAACCAAGCACCAGAGGAAUAACGUAGGGAGACCUUCUAGCCGCUCCAGUUUAAAAGAAAAAAUGAAUGCACCAAAUCAGCUUCCUCACAAAGACAUUGGCAAAACGGUAGAGAAUGUGGAAGAACACAGCUAUAAGCAAGAGAAAAAGAUCCGAGCCACUCUUAGAACGACAGAACGGGAUCACAAAAAAAAUGUACAGUGCUCAUUCAUGUUAGACUCAGUGGGUGGAUCUUUACCAAAAAAAUCAAUUCCGGAUGUUGAUCUAAAUAAGCCUUACCUUAGCCUUGGCUGUAGCAAUGCUAAGCUUCCAGUUUCUAUGCCUAUGCCUAUAGCCAGAACUGCACGGCAGACUUCUAGGACUGAUUGUCCUUUGGAACGCUUAAAAUUCUUUGAAACUUUACGACUUCUACUAAAACUUACCUCAGUCUCAAAGAAAAAAGACAGGGAGCAGAGAGGACAGGAAAACACAUCUGCUUUCUGGUUUAACCGAUCCAAUGAACUUAUUUGGCUUGAGUUACAAGCCUGGCAUGCAGGACGGACCAUUAAUGACCAGGACCUUUUUUUAUACACUGCCCGCCAAGCCAUCCCUGAUAUUAUUAACGAAAUCCUCACAUUCAAAGUAAAUUAUGGAAAUUUUGCAUGUGUGAGAAAUGGAGAUAGUUUUAAUGGUACUUCAAUGGAAGGACAGUGCAGAGCACCCCAUGGAAUCAGUGCUAUGGGUUACUCAAACUAUCAUGAACAUCUCCAACGCCAGCGGGUCUCAUUUGAGCAGGUAAAGCGGAUAAUGGAGCUGCUUGAAUACAUAGAAGCACUUUAUCCCUCUUUGCAAGCUCUUCAAAAAGACUAUGAAAAAUAUGCUGCGAAAGAUUUCCAAGACAGAGUGCAGGCACUCUGUUUGUGGCUAAACAUUACAAAAGACUUAAAUCAGAAACUAAGGAUUAUGGGGACUGUUUUGGGCAUCAAGAAUUUAUCUGACAUUGGCUGGCCAGUGUUUGAAAUACCUUCUCCCCGACCAUCCAAAGGCACAGAACCAGAGGAGGAGGAAAGUGACACAGAAGAAGUGAAGGAAUUGGAUGCUACCACCGAUGAAAGUGAAGAAGACCAUAUCUUGGAUCGGAGUGUAAAGGACCUCAGACAGGCUAUGGAGAGCAGUUUUGACCUCCUGCCACAGGACCAUUUUUCUAAGAAGUUUGACAGACUUGAAUCUGAAGAUGAAUCAGUCGGCUGGGGAACAUCAGAGUACAGUACUGAAGCAGGCUAUAGUAGAUACUGUCUAACUUCUAUAUAUAGGCCAUUUGUAGACAAAGCACUCAAACAGAUGGGUUUGAGGAAAUUAAUUUUAAGACUUCACAAGCUAAUGGAUGGUUCUUUACAAAGGGCCCGUAUAGCAUUGGUUAAGAGUGAUCAUCCUUUGGAGUUUUCUGAGUUCCCAGAUCCUAUGUUGUGUUCAGAUUAUAUACAGUUGUCAAACACAACACCUUCAUCAGAACAAAAAUGCAGCACUGUGUCUUGGGAGGAGUUGAAAUCUAUGGAUUUGCCAUCAUUUGAACCUGCAUUCUUGGUCCUUUGUCGAGUACUUCUUAACGUUAUCCAUGAAUGUCUCAAAUUAAGAUUGGAACAGAGACCUGCUGGGGAACCCUCUCUCUUGAGUAUUAAGCAGCUGGUAAGAGAGUGUAAAGAGGUCCUGAAGGGUGGCCUUUUAAUGAAGCAAUAUUACCAAUUCAUGCUUCAUGAAGUAUUAGAUGAUUUGGAAAAGAUUGACUGCAACAUAGACUCUUUUGAAGAAGACCUGCAUAAAAUGUUGAUGGUGUAUUUUGAUUACAUGAGAAGUUGGAUCAAAAUGUUACAGCAGUUACCUCAAGCAUCUCAUAGUUUAAAAAAUCUUUUAGAAGAAGAAUGGAAUUUCACCAAAGAAAUAACUCACUAUAUAAGAGGAGGAGAAGCACAGGCUGGAAAAUUGUUUUGUGACAUUGCAGGAAUGCUGCUGAAAUCUACUGGAGGAUUCUUAGAUUGUGUCCUGCAAGAAAGUUGUGCUGAAUUCUGGACUAGUGCUGAUGAUAGCACUGCUUCAGAUGAAAUCAGGAGAUCGGUUAUAGAGACCAGCAGAGCACUGAAGGAACUUUUUCAUGAAGCUAGAGAAAGGGCUUCCAAAGCACUUGGCUUUGCUAAAAUGCUAAGAAAGGAUCUGGAAAUAGCAGCAGAAUUCAUUGUAUCAGCACCAGUGCAAGACCUUCUGGAUAUGCUGAAGUCAAAACAGUAUGUUAAGGUACAAAUUCCUGGAUUGGAAAACUUGCAAGUAUUUGUUCCACAUACUCUGGCUGAAGAGAAAUGUGUUAUUUUGCAACUGCUUAAUGCAGCUGCAGGAAAGGACUGUUCAAAAGAUUCAGAAGAUGUGGUAAUUGAGGCUUACUUACUCAUGACCAAGCACGGUGAUCGAGAUCAUGACUUAGAUGACCACUGGAGCACAUGGGAAGAACCACCUCUCAAAAUAGUGCCUCAGGUGGAAACAGUUGAUACACUAAGAAGUAUGCAGGUUGAAAACCUACUCUUAGUAGUCAUGCAGUCUGCUCAUCUUGUGAGUCAGAGAAAAGCUUUCCAGCAGUCUAUUGAAGGACUUGUAACUUUGCACCACGAACAAACCUCUAGUCAGCCAGUCAUCGCCAAAGCUUUGCAGCAGCUAAAGGAUGAUGCAUUGCAGCUGUGCAACAAAAUAAGUGAUGCCAUUGACCAAGUGGACCAUAUAUUCACAUCAGAAUUUGAUACUGAAGUUGAUGAAUCAGAAUCUGCCACCUUACAGCAAUAUUAUCGUGAAGCCAUGAUUCAGGGUUACAAUUUUGGUUUUGAGUAUCAUAAAGAAGUUGUACGUCUGAUGUCUGGAACUUUUAGACAGAAGAUUGGAGAUAAAUAUAUUAGCUUUGCCAGAAAGUGGAUGAAUUAUGUACUAACUAAAUGUGAGAGUGGUCGAGGCACUAGACCCAGGUGGGCAACUCAAGGUUUUGAUUUCCUGCAAGCCAUUGAACCAGCCUUUAUUUCAGCACUUCCUGAAGAUGACUUCUUGAGUUUACAAGCUUUGAUGAAUGAAUGCAUUGGUCAUGUGAUAGGAAAACCUCACAGUCCUGUUACAGCAGCUAUACAUCGGAACAGCCCCCGUCCUGUGAAGGUACCCCGAUGUCACAGUGAUCCUCCCAAUCCACAUCUCAUUAUCCCAACUCCUGAUGGAUUCAGCACUCGGAGUGUGCCUUCUGACGUGCGGAACCCAUGCAGUGCUGCUACCAGUCGCCCUGCCCCAGCCGGCAGCGACUCUGCUCCACCCAAACCUGUCAGCAAUACAAAUGAUAACAGGGGGUCCAGUGUUCCAGAAAAUGAUCGUUUGGCCUCCAUUGCUGCUGAAUUGCAAUUCAGAUCAUUGAGUCGACACUCAAGCCCCACAGAGGAGCGAGAAGAGCCUUCAUAUCCAAAAGGAGAUUCAAGUGGGCCAACACGGAGAAGUUGGGAGCUUCGAACUCUGAUCUGCCAAAAUAAGGAUACUGCUUCUAAACAAGGACCCAUAGAAGCUGUGCAAAAGUCAGUUCGAUUAUUCGAAGAAAAACGUUAUCGAGAAAUGAGAAGGAAGAAUAUCAUUGGUCAAGUUUGUGAUACCCCCAAAUCCUAUGAUAAUGUCAUGCACGUUGGAUUACGGAAGGUGACCUUCAAAUGGCAGAGAGGAAAUAAAAUUGGAGAAGGUCAGUAUGGAAAAGUCUAUACUUGUAUCAGUGUUGAUACUGGUGAAUUAAUGGCAAUGAAAGAAAUUCGAUUUCAGCCAAAUGACCAUAAAACUAUCAAAGAGACUGCAGAUGAACUAAAAAUAUUUGAAGGCAUCAAGCACCCCAAUUUGGUUCGGUAUUUUGGUGUGGAGCUUCAUAGAGAGGAAAUGUAUAUUUUCAUGGAAUACUGUGAUGAGGGCACCCUGGAAGAAGUAUCAAGGCUGGGGCUUCAGGAACAUGUCAUUCGGCUCUACUCCAAGCAGAUCACCAUUGCUAUUAACGUACUACAUGAGCACGGCAUAGUACAUAGGGACAUCAAAGGAGCCAAUAUCUUCCUUACCUCAUCUGGACUUAUUAAACUGGGGGAUUUUGGAUGUUCAGUCAAGUUAAAAAACAAUGCACAAACUAUGCCUGGAGAAGUGAACAGUACAUUAGGGACUGCAGCAUACAUGGCCCCUGAAGUCAUUACACGAGCAAAAGGAGAAGGACAUGGGCGUGCUGCAGACAUCUGGAGUUUGGGUUGUGUUGUGAUUGAAAUGGUUACUGGUAAGAGGCCUUGGCAUGAGUAUGAGCACAACUUUCAGAUCAUGUAUAAAGUUGGAAUGGGACAUAAACCACCCAUCCCUGAAAGGAUAAGCCCUGAAGGAAAAGAUUUUCUCUCACAUUGCCUCGAAAGUGAUCCAAAGAUGAGAUGGACAGCUAGCCAGCUCCUCGACCAUUCGUUUGUCAAGGUUUGCACAGAUGAAGAAUGAAGCUAUUCAGUAUGUGACCCAGUAGUGUAUGUACUCGGACAAAUUCCCUUACUCGCUACUGUAUGUAAUAUUUACAUGAAGACUGUGUUGAGAAACAGCAUGAACGUUUUUAACCUACCACAACUGAAGACUGCACAGGUGACGAUCGUCACUUCUCCUGCUGCUCCCAUCUCUCACGUGGCACGUGAUGCUCAUGUGCGACCGUGUCUGCAGAGUGUGAAAGUCAAAGUGCCAUUACUACUGUACAUGGACCAUUUCCUUCUUUGUCUGCUUUGUCCCUCACAUGAUGGAGAACUGUCGUAUUAAUACGUAGUAUUUUUGACCUUUCUAGGUCCGAAAAAAGUUGUCAUGUUACCAAGCGUGCUGGACCUUGUUUUUUAAUAUCCUGUUUGAGUGCACUGACUGUGAACCUUUAUCCUAUUUUUUUUUUGGGUCGGCUUCAGAUUUGUUAUGCAAGAGCUAAAUAAUGAAAAUUAAAGAAAAAGUUUUUUUUGUUUUUCUCUCAAUAAAUGGUUUAUUUUUAGGAAGCUUUGCUUGGGCUGUUCUAUUUUUUAAACCAGUAUUUUUUACCCAAGUAUUCACCAAGCAAGGGGACAUACUUGAAGAGCAAAGAAGGAGCUAAAGGAUCAUUAAAGCAAGCUUUUGGGGACUUGGUUAAUUAGCUCUAGAGUUACUUGAAUAAAGAUCGAAAGGAAAAAUGAAGAGAUUAGGUGACUGAUUUGUACAUAAUGUCACAAAUUUGUCAGAAUGAUUGGGCACUUGCCUCACAGGUCUUUCUUACCUUUCUGGUACCAUCACUAGGAAGGAGUGGAGUGGUCACCGGAUCUCACGUUGUAAGGCACUGAGAAGCCAUCCAGUCUAGCAUAUACCUGAGCCCUUCUACUUCUGCCUCUGCUUGAAGACCUCUCCAAGAAGUCCAUUACACUCAUGGACAGUCCUUUGAGAAAUCAUUUCUGCCAUCAAACCUAAAUUACCUCAUUGCUCCUAAUUCUGCCUUCUUGGCCAAGCUGAACAAGUCUACUGGUCCUUCUGUUUGUCAGCUUUACAAAGUGACUGAUCAACACAACCAGAAGAUCAUCAAUUUGGGGUGGAAGGAACCUCAGAGGUCAUAAGAAGUGGAAGGACUGGAAUUUGAACCCAAGUCCUCUGAAUGCUCAUAUCACUCUACCAUGAUGUCUCACUCUGAUACUGUAGUAACUAAUGGCCAUUUAAAAAAAUCAUGCUACUCUAAAAUUUUUGUUAAAAAUUUGCUAUUGAAGCUAUUUAGUCACAUAUCCAGGUAUUUUCAUAAAACAACCUAUUUUUUAGAUAAUAAGAGUUUACCAGGUUACCAUCAGCACUGCUAUGAAAUUUCCUGAUUGAUGAAAUUAUUUUAGUUUAUAUAUAUACCCGCUUUUAGGAAGCAUUUUAUUGUCCAUUGGCUUUUAGAAGAUGAAAAUUCAUUUACAAACAACAGUCAGCAUUGCAAAAGGUACUAAAUGCAUUCAUUGGCAUUGGAUUGUUAUUGUCUAUACUUCUUCCCCCACCAGGGUCUUGGAGGUAUAAUGAAAAGGUCUCUGAUGAAGACCUACUCUUCUCUUGGCAUGGAGGUGACCCAGGUUUUCACCCUCUGGGUCAGCAGAACACACAAGCUGUCAGGUCCUUUCCAGCUACGUAGCACUCUAGUCAUGCCUUUGGGCCCCAACACAAAUUAAAAUCCUUGGUCACCCAGCUAGUUCCCUUCUCACCCAAAGUCAUCCCAUUGCCCCAUUCCGUGAGGUUAUCCCCAUGACCCAUUUCAGAGGGAAAAGAAAAAACAAACCCAACCUCUCCGCACAGAUCGACCCAGAACCCCUUUCACUUAUUUGAUCUCAGAAGCAUUCACUGUGAAUCCCCUCUGCAGAGCAGACCCUUGAACUCUCAGGGAUCUCUAAUGCAAUUUGGAGCUUGCUCUUUGAUGCCUUUUGGGACUGUUGCUCUCUGAAAGGUUCUUUUCAUCAUUUUCAGCUCUUGGACUCAAAACCCUGGGUCAUUCUGCCACCUGUUCCCUGUAGUAGGAUCCCUUGUGGUAACCCGAUGCAAACUAAGCCUUUGGUCAGGAAGUGAUCUUGUUCUCUGGAGCUUUUGGGGGGGAGCAAAUUAGUCCAUUUUUCCAUCACCCAUUUUCCUCAUCAUCCAGGACAUCCUCAAAAAAAACCUGAAUGUAACUUAAGUUCUAGGUCACUUCCUUAUUUCUAGCAGGAAAUGCCAUCAUACUUAGUCACUCAAUCACCUGUGCUACUGCUGGAGGUAUCCAAUCACUCAUCAGAACCUUGUGCAGAUUAAGCCCUUAGUCACUUUGUGCCAUUUAAGUUCUUGGUCACCCAGUUUUACUUCCACUACUCCUGAGGGUUAUUUCAUUCAUCUCCUAGGUUUGCUUUUAGAAGCAAUUCUGACAUACAUUUCUAAAAUCAUGUGAUUCAAUAUUUUGCAAAACCCAAGAGUGUGUGGGGAAAACAGAGACAGGAAAAAUACAUGGGUGAUACAAUUUAAUUAAGAUCUAACAAAAGCUGUAGGACAUUUAAAAAUAAUUUUAUUUAUUUAAAAAAUUUUUUUCCACAUUUACAUGAUUCAUUUUCUUUCCCUCCCAGAGCCAACAAGCGAUUCCACUGGAUUGUAUAAAUGUUAUCACUUGAUAUCUAUUUCCAUAUUAUUCAUUUUUGCAGUAGAGCGAUUUUUUAGAGCCCAAACCCCAAAUCCUAUACCCAUAUAAACAAGUGAUAAGCGUUAAGUCAUGUGUUUUCCUUCUGCGUUCAGUGUGGAUAGCGUUCCUCCUCAUAAGUCCCUCAGGAACGUGUGGGACAUUUUCUUAUACAUGUUUACUGAUGAAGAACUACCUAUACACUACAAUAGCGGCAGCCCUCAGUCUUGGGCUGCUGUGCGGCAGGUUCUCUGGUUCCCGUAGGGCCAGGCUGGCCCAGUGGAUGGCCACAGGCCUGGAGGCAAGCCUUGUUGGCUCAAAACUCUGGGAUCCUCCCUAUGAAAGAAAGUGGGAGUUUGGGGGGGAGGGGUGCUGACUGGCUCUCUCCAUCCAUAGUUCCUGUUGGACCAGAAAAUACAUCCUAACUAUGGCACUUUACCUGGAAAAGACCUGAGGUUUGCGGGUGGAAGUGAGCCUCCUAAAGGUUAUAUCUUGUACGUGAUUAGGAAGUUAUCUGCCAUCAGAUGAAAGCUGAGCACUCCAUAUGGAGCACCACGUUCUGUGCAGCUUGGGCCAGAGGGUGCGGGUUUCUGUGUUCUUGUUCCUCACAGAUGAGGUCACACGCCAGCAAAUACCAGGUCUGGGCUCUGCUCAAGUUGUUCCCUAACCUAGAAUUGCAUUGAAACAAAGCCACGUUUUUCCAACGGACUUACCUGCUUUUAGGAUAGAAUGCCAUCUGCCAGCUCUCUGGACAAAGCGUCACUCGGCAGUGCGUGGCAUAGCUUAAUCCAAGUUCUGCUAGGACGGGGGAAUCGACUCGUCAGAUUCUAGGAAGCCGACUCUUCACCUACUCAUUGUUGAUGUGUAGAGAUCACGGCCAAUUUCUUGUUAAUUAGCACAGAUUCUCUCUAUACAAAUAGAGGUGGAGGUGAGAGGAGCACAAAGAAAUGAGAGUCUUGCCUACAGUCAGCAAAAGGAAAAAACAAAAACAAAAAGCCGGCUUUUGGUUCACAGGCCAUCUCACUGGUUGAGCAGGUCAACUACAAGGUGUUAUAUAUAUUUUUAAUAAAGUCAGUCAACUGCCAGCUCCAUUCCAGGUACUGUGCUCAGUGCGCGGGAUGCACAGAAAGGCAGAAGAAAAGCUCCCGGCUGACGGUAGCCACAUUUCAAAUUUAUAUCCAAGCGGCUACUAUUUUGCCUCGCACGAAGCAAACAUGAUACGGUCUACAAUCCCAAAUGUCAUUUGUUUCUUUUCCUUUUUAAUUUCCAAAUCCUUUCCUUUUGCUGCUGGUUGAUCACCCUCCCAGGAGACAAGCAAUAGGAUAUCAGUUAUACCUGUAAAGUGUUGUGAAACAUUUCCAAACACAAUCCCCAAACUCACUGGGGACAUUAGAUUUGUGUAAGUGUUCAUGGAAAUUCUUUGAAAAGAAUAAAUGUAUGAGAUGAUUUAAUUGUUAUUGAAAGCUGUAUAGCUAGCAACCCAAAGCCAAAUUACGCAUUUUCUUAUUCACUCGAGUAAAUCCAGUGCUUUUGUACUCUGUUCAAACCUGAGAAUUUACAGAAAUAAAGGCUGUUGUUAAAAAAAAAAAA